AUGGCUGCGCUCGAUGAAACGACCCCGCGCUCAUUCUUUGAGCAUGCACGUCAGCAUGAGAUCAUCUUCAAGAAGGCAGACGAAUUUGUUGUGAAUGACAUAGAGCGAAACCUAUUUGAUUCAACAACUGGUACGGCCACAAAUGCUGCCAAUCCAAGUAAGCAAACGACAUUUCGUCGAAGUUCAAAGAAAAUUUCGCAAAUGUUACAACAAAUAUUACAACGUGGUGAAUUGCAAGUGGAACCGUCGUGGGUACACAAAUAUUUAGGUCAGCUCCAUUAUAAACGUCUCGUUCGACAGAAAAAUUAUGGUAUAUAG